AUGUAUUUUCUAUCACAAAUCCGCCAGAAAAGUUCAAUCGCCUGCUUGCUCGGAUGGGUUUAUUGCGCUGAGAAAUUUCAAAUUUCAAUCUGUCUAUAUUCACGGUUCCCUACGUGCUUUAUUGGUUUCUGCUACGCUUAUCGUUAAUACGGCAGGCAAAGUAUAAUUUGUGAUAUAACCUUACUCUGACUCCCAGCAAACGAUGUUGAAGUCCGCACUGCGCUUGAUCGUUGUUGAGUUGAGCCUUGGUCAAUCAAACGACGGCGAUGACGACACUUGAUUUUGAUGGUUGCACCUUUUGUUGGUACAAUUAUUACGAUAAUCUCCAUUCUAAUUUCGGUAUCGCGAUCUUCGAGUUAGAUUCUUUCAAGAAAUCUACGUCGUAUUCUCUCUAGGUGGGCAGAUCACAUGCGACGAUGACGACGAUUGUUGACUACUGUUUUCAUGAUGAAUAUGAGUGUUGGAGAUGUGUCCUUUCACUUGGGAGAAGUAUUUGAUAGCUAUGAGGAACUGGAAAAAAAGUUGGCUAGAGUCUCAAAACAUACAUUUGUACAUUACUGGAGACGAGACAGUAGAACUGUAAGUGGAGCUCAUAUGAAAACCUCACGGCCGAUUAGCGAGAGAUUGAAGUAUUAUUCUGUCAAAUAUGCAUGUAUCUAUGGUGGCCAGAGAUUCCUCCCUCGUGGUGCUGGUAGAAGACAAUCUCAGUCCAUACGAACAAAUUGUCCUGCACAUAUUAUGGUCAGAGCAACUAAAGAUGGCACACAAUUAGAAGUGACUAGUGUUAAUAAUGAACACAAUCAUGAGAUUUCAGAGGAUCUAUUUAAGAGACUUCCGCAAGAGAGAAAACUCUGUGGUGAAAUUAGACGAGAUGUCCAAGAUCUCAUGCAGUUGCAUGUUGAUCGUAAAAGAUUAAAAGAGUACGUGCGAUUACGCACUAAUAAGGAACUCCGAUCCAAAGAUUUAUUUAAUAUAGCAGCGGCUAAUAAAGAGAAAAAAGAUAUUACACCAGAACGAGCAUAUCAAUUAUUUGAAAAAAUUUGUAAUAUUGAAAAGAUACAAGCCAGAAGUGAUAAUAGAAAGAAGUUUUCCGAAUCUGACGACGAAAUAGCGCAGACUAUAAAAAGAAUGAAGAAGGAAGAAAAAUCCGCUUGGAAUCAGGACGAAUUAUCGACAGAGUUAGAAGUGAAUGAAGGAAAUGAUGGUGAAGAUUCUUACAGCAGUCAGUUGACACAAGGAGAAGUAGUUGAUGAGAUUGACACUAACGAGAAUAAAUUAUUGAGAGCAAAUAAUGAAGACGACAUAAUAGUGGCAGAUGGAGAAAUAGUCGGCGAAUUGGUGAUGGAAAGUGGCGAUCCAUCGGUGAUAGUUGAAUCUAUUGUCAACACGGACGGUUCUGUUUUCGUCGAUGAAAGAGAAUUCAAUAACUACUGCAACAAUCACUUAUCACAUACAGUAGAUGAUAGUCAAUCACCGAAGCGACGAGAUAUGGAAACGAUUAAUUCUACUACUACUAUCGAAAAAAUUACGAGACAAUCAUCUACCUCACCCAGUCACAAAUUGCAGAUCGACUCUUUAACGCUUCAACAGUCAUCAAAGUCAACUACUAGCUUUCAAGAAACAGAUUCGAGAAUUUGGAUCAUGAAUGAAGGUACUUCUAUGGAAACUGAAUUGGAACAAGAAAGCGGGCCCGAGAGCGAGACAAACGUGACGAUCAAACCAAUCUCAAUGAUGAAGCCGGACUUGGAGACAACCGAAACUGUAUUAUCUGACGAUCCAAGCCAUCAACUACUUCAAGAGCAGUUGGCAGUGCUACGAGCCGAGAAGGGAAAAUUGUAUCAUGAGACUGAGAUGCUGAAAUUGAAGAAAGACAAAUUAAAGUUACAGAUCAAUUGCUACUCAAAUGAAAUAAAGAAGCAGGAGAUGGAGAGGGAGAAAUUGAGACUCGAGAUCAGGCUGCUUCAAUCCAAAGUUAUGGACGACACUAACGAUGUUUCCCAUUACAUUUUUGUGCCCUGA